GCGAGUUCCGGGCGGGGCGUUCCCCGCGCCCGUAGCAACCGUGGCGUUGGCGGUAUCCACGGCACCAUGGCAAAAGCAACGACCAUCAAAGAAGCUCUAGCCAAAUGGGAAGAGAAAAGUGGCCAGAAGGCUUCAGAGGCAAAGGAAGUGAAACUGUAUGGGCAGAUUCCUCCUGUGGAAAAGAUGGAUGGCGCCCUCUCUGCCCUUGUUAACUGCGAGAAACUAUCACUGUCUACAAACUGCAUUGAUAGAAUCGCCAACUUGAACAACCUAAAAAAUUUGAGGAUUCUGUCUUUGGGAAGAAAUAACAUAAAGAACCUGAAUGGAUUGGAGGCAGUUGCUGAAACUUUAGAGGAGCUGUGGAUCUCAUACAACUUAAUUGAGAAACUGAGGGGUAUCCGUGUAAUGAAGAAACUGAAGGUUCUUUAUAUGUCAAAUAAUUUGGUGAAAGACUGGGCAGAGUUUGUGAGGCUAGCAGAGGUGCCAGUACUAGAGGAGCUGGUGUUUGUAGGCAAUCCACUACAAGAGAAAUUUGCUGCUGAUCAGAGCAGUUGGAUUGAAGAAGCAACCAAACGAGUACCUAAGCUGAAAAAGCUGGAUGGUACUUUAGUUGUUAAAGGAGAAGAGGAAGAAGGAGCGGAAGGAGCAGAAGGAGCAGAAGGAGCAGAAGGAGGAAACUGAUGACAUUUCCUUAUUGGGUAUUAAAUUAUUAAAAUAACUCCAGAUAGCUUUGCACAUAAACUUUUAUAAAAGUAUUUGUUUUGAAGAAAAUCUUUGGGCAGUUUUUAAAAGACCAGCUUAUCUCCACAAUCUCUCACCCAAAGAGUUAGUUACCAAAAAUUGCUCACACUGGUUUUGUCAAGCUUAUGAGACCGUCUGUAGAGACUAGUGGAGCUGAGUUUACCUGCUGUUUGGCUAGCAAGAGAUCUUUAUUUAAAUUAAUACACAGCUAUUUUUAAUUCCUGAUUAGUGGUGCUUGUUGUUCACUCUUGGAUUAUAAAAGAACUGGUUUAGCUUAUUUGGUGCUGCUGGCCAACACUGAAUUGGAAACUCUGAUGCCAGAAGAAUAAUGUUGUGGUUUAGAGACACCUGACGAGCUUUGUUGUGUUUAAUUUUGUCAUGGGACUUUCUCAAUAGUUUUAAUAUGUGAGUUUGCCUUUUAAUUCCUUGAAGUGUUAUGCCAAACAGGCCCAGUAGUUGCAUACGCACAAAAAAGGUGUUGGUCUGAUGAGCAUUUGUUCCUGGCUUUAAGUCUCAAAAUGGCCUUCUCACAUUGGAACUCAACUGCAUUGCUUAGAAGGCCAUGUAUAACUUAUAUAUUUAUUUAUUUUUAAGAGGUAAUGGGAAUUCAUUGCAUGGUUUCUGUAAGACUAAAAUACCUGCUAACUUUGGGUUUUGUCUCUUACUAAGACAUUAAUUUGGAAUAUGUUGCCUAUUAGCCUACAGCUGGUUUCUGGCUUUGGAUUGGGUCACUGGUGGACACAACCCUUCUUAGCUCUGGAAUCUUCCUGUAACUAAGGAGGCUGAUAGUAACAGAGAAACUAACAGCAAACAGAAGACCUGGGCUUCAGGACAGAAAAUUUUGAUUUUGGGGAUACUAAUUUUUGGUGAAAGCACAGGUAUAAGCAGUGAGAGAAAGUAUAUGUAGUUAGUGGGGACAGUGGGAUGAUGAGAUGAGAUGAGAUGAGAUGAGAUGAGAUGAGAUGAGAUGAGAUGAGAUGAGAUGAGAUGAGAUGAGAUGAGAUGAGAUGAGAUGAGAUGAGAUGAGAUGAGAUGAGAUGAUGAGGGCAUUGGUAAAAAAAGUAUUGAAGAGGUACCGACUGUGCUAUAUUGCAGGGUAACCAGUUUCAGUAAAGCACCCUUAUGUGGCUACUUCUAGUGAAAAGCAUUGAACAACCAUGAAGACACACCUGAUUGCACUGUGGGAUGCCAAAAGUGCAGUUUUUCUUCUUCUCUUUGAAGAAUAGAUGGAGUCACCUGAGUAGAUUUUUCUGCAGUUCCUUUUUGGUUUUUUUAACAAGCUUUCUUCUAAUUUGUGGUACCAUCUUUUUUUGAAAUUGAAGUGACAAAUAUAUCUGCUGGUUCCAGCCCAGGCAUGGAAGGGGUGGGGUCAGAAUGACACUCUUAGUUAUUUUGUUUGUGAAGGUGUGGCAAGAGUUGAAAUCUUGGAAGCCAAGUUCAGAGAUGAAUGGUAGACUUGGCCCAGGCAACAGUGGUACAGAGCUCAAGCUCCAAGUAUAAUUGUAGUAGGCAAUUCUCUAAUCAGUUUCUAACUGAACACUGUGAAGUAAAUUAUUACAAGACAAUCACAGUUUAAUUUCAAUAUAUUGCUGUUUAAUCUGUGAUUACUGGAGGAAUUCUAAAGCAUUCUGAUUGAAGUUUGCUGAAGAAUUUUAUUUGGAUCCAUUACUAAAAGUAAGUCAAGAGCACAAUGGCAAAAACUCUGGACAUUCUUCACCCAGCACAAACUAUUUCCAGGCAGCUGUUCUCUUUACCAGAAACUACUUUCUUAGUUAGCUAGUUCACUUUUUUUUUUUGUUGUUUCUUUAGAAGUAUUCUCCUAGCUUUAUUAUGAGUAAGGGCAGCAUUGACCAAGAAGCACCAUGGAGGAGUGUCUACAGUCAGCAGUCAUUUCACACAUCUUUUGAAGCCAAGCCACUCUGUUUGCUUGCAGCCAACCACGCUUGGCAAGGUGGAACUGUGUGCUUGGGCAGUGCAGAGCCCACUUAGGGCACACUUAGGCACUGUUGGCUGUGCCCUUGACCACUGUAGUAAAAGUGUGGCUCAUGUGAGGCAGAGCUUGACUGACUCAAAACUUGCCUUCUGAAUCGUCCCAACAAGCAGAAAUGCCAAAUUCAUCUCUGUGUUUGGAGAUAUUUUCAGAAUAGACCACAUGGUGCUCUUCUCCUAGUGCCUGGCCACCAAGAAAAGUGGUUGAAGCUGUGGACCAGUCUCUCCCAGCACAGCUGCAGGUGGUGUGUAUGGCUGGGUUAGCUCCACACAUGAUUGUGACAGGAGGAAAAGGGAGUGAUGAGCACAGUCCAAUGCCAAGUAAUCCUGCUGGCUGAUUCUUUAAAUACGGCCUAAGUCUGUACAUUUCUGAAGGUUACAUUAGAUACAGCAAUACUCUACACUUUGGCUAUAUUGGGGCAUUCUGAGAGCAGAAUAGAAACUUAAGUGUUCUGACUAUGUUGUAAUGAUUGAAGUGAAACACAGAUCCAUUGACAAGUGGUGAGGGAUAAGAGCAGCUCCUGACUCUUGUAAGUGAUCAACAGAGGGCUACACCUACAGGGAUCAGUCCAAAACUGUCGUAGGUGGUGGUAGAGCUGGGGGAUUGUGUGGCCCACUGGCAUUGGUGCUUUCCACAGAUGAAAUGGCACAAAUUCUCUAGCUCUUUUCUUUGAGGGCUGCAUUAUAAAUACCAACAAAAAAGGAAAAAAAAAAAGGAGAAAAAAAUCAUUAUUGAAGGAAGGGAGCAUCUAGUCUUAGAACAUAAUUUAAGACCGUUCUGAUAAAAACUAUGUGUCAGUCUCAUUGAAACAAUACAGUAAGAAAAUAAUUGACUGUGGCUUUUAUCAGGAGAUACUUUGUCUCAAAGUAAAGCUGGUAGCUUCACUUUAUCUUGCUUUGCCUAAUGAGUCAUGAUUACUCUCAAGAACAAAACAACCUCCCCAAACUUUUUCUCCUCCAAAGUAAUUUCCCUAAAUUUUUAAAUUUGCACUUUAAAAUUAGGCACUGGAUGUGAUGGAAGACAUAGAGAGGUGGUAGAAUUAAAACAGCUGGUUUGUAUAUUGGUGGUGCUACACGAUGUUUUGUAUAAGGUGCCAGUGUCACCUUGGCCUGUGUGCCCACAGGGACAUUGAAGUGACAUGCUGGAAGGUCUGGCUUUCACUUGUGCACUCUGCUGUUCCCUAUCACACCACACCCAGUGAAGUAGUAAGUACACUAUUAUUCAUUAAUAAAAAGGGCACCCAUAUAAAAUGUGCAAGCCAUGGGGAAUUCUCCUUUUCCCAGUGAAGUUACAGCUGACUAGCAUCCACUUUAUUCCUUAGAGAAAUAUCCUAAAAUUAAAUUAGUGGUAGGAGCUAGCUAGGUUUUUUUGCUUGCUUGUUGGCACACUCACCUGUCUUCAAAGAGCUGACUGAUGUAUGCAGUGAUUAUUGAGAACUGAUGGAAAAAUGACAUAAGAGACCUGAGAACAAGCAGAUUACUCAGGUUACACUAGAAGUAGGCUCAUCUAGAAAAACUUCCAAGUAAGAGAGCACUUUUAACAUCCUCUUUGGCAAUCUUUUUUAUACAGUAAUUUUGUAGCAUGAUAAACUGUUAAAUUUGCUGUGUUUAAAUUAUUUAGGCCUAUGUUUAUAAAUGUUAUUCUGUGAAACUUGUUCAAAAAUAAUAUAACCUUAUUUUAUACAAAUGUCUUUGGCUGAUGUGUAAUGAAAUAGUUCAGCUUCUGAAGAGUAUUUGGAAACUAAAUUUUGUUCUCAUUAAACUUUCCUGGCUGCUCAGGAAGCAAUGUAUUUAGAGUAUGAUAGCAUGUAAAUGCUGUUCCUUAUUGCCUCUAUAUUUUAGAAUAGAAAAUAACUUAAGGCUUUAAAAAUGCUGAUAUAUUGUGAUUGUUGUCAUCUGAUACAUAAAUAUUUUUCAAUCUUUUAA